CACUGGGAAACAUCUCCAUGAAGCAGGAGGAGGGAGGAGGGAGGAAGGAGGAAGAGGGGCGUGCGUGUGUGUUUGUUCAUGGCAAUAGUCAGAACCAUUCCUGCUUUUCCCCCUGAAUAGUGAAGCGUGAUCCCGGCUUACCGCUUCUGCUGCUGCUGAAUCUUCUCCUCCUCCUCCUCCUCCUCCUCCUGCUGCUGCUCUCUUCUGAAGCCUUGGGAUGUAAAAAAACAAUCAAACAAACAAAAGUAAAGAAAGUAAAAGUGGGAUGGUAAAGUUGCGGUGAUUGCGUUGGAUUUCCUUCUGCUUGUUCUUCUCGCGGAGCCGGUGGAGGCGCGGACGGGACGGCGGUGCCUCGUCAAGUUGCUCCCAACUCCGGUGACACAUGCUCGGACUGGAAUAAUGUGAUUUGCCACCGAGGAAGUUAUCGCGUUGUUAUCGUUUGAAUGAAGUGUUUAAGACGCGCGCGGCAGCCGACACCGGGAUGCUUGUACACGCUGGACACUUUUUUGCUUUCAUUCAACGCGUUUCUCGGGAAGAGGACAUGUGUUGACGUCCUUAAAGUCCCGCGUGGAAUUCAUUUGGAUUACUUCUGCAAAGAGACAGAGAGGCGUUGAAUGAUGUCUCCAACUUCUACCGGAUUUGUAUUGCUCUUUGGAAUUGUCCACGUGUGCUCAGGAUCCCGUCUGCGCCAAGAAGACACGCCGCCCCGGAUCGUGGAGCAUCCGUCCGACCUGAUCGUAUCCAAAGGCGAGCCGGCCACCCUCAACUGUAAGGCGGAGGGCCGGCCCUCGCCCACCGUGGAGUGGUACAAGGACGGCGAACGGGUGGAGACGGACCGGGACGACCCGCGCUCGCACCGCAUGCUGCUGCCCAGCGGCUCGCUCUUCUUCCUGCGCAUCGUGCACGGGCGGCGGAGCAAGCCGGACGAAGGCUCCUAUGUCUGCGUUGCCCGCAACUACCUUGGAGAGGCAGUGAGCCACAACGCCUCCCUGGAAGUAGCCAUUCUGCGUGAUGACUUCAGACAGAACCCCGCCGACGUGAUCGUGGCAGCUGGAGAGCCAGCGGUCCUGGAGUGCCAACCGCCCCGCGGGCAUCCAGAACCCACCAUCUCUUGGAAAAAAGACGGCCUAAACAUCGACGACCGGGAUGAAAGAGUCACGAUACGCGGCGGGAAGCUGAUGAUCACCAACGCGAGGAAGAGCGACGCCGGGAAGUACGUCUGCGUGGGGACGAACAUGGUCGGCGAAAGGGAGAGCGAAAUAGCCGAACUCACUGUCUUAGAGCGACCCAGCUUCGUGCGUCGGCCCGGCAGCCAGGUUGUGCUGGUGGACCAAAGCGUGGAGUUCCGGUGCGAGGCGCGCGGCGACCCGGUUCCAACGGUGCGCUGGCGGAAGGACGACGGCGACCUGCCCAAAGCGAGGUACGAGAUCCGGGAGGACCACACCCUGAAGAUCCGCCGUCUGACCUCGGCGGACGUCGGCUCGUACACGUGCGUGGCGGAGAACAUGGUGGGCAAGGCGGAAGCGUCGGCCAGCCUCACCGUCCACGUGCCGCCGGCGUUUGCGGUGAGACCGAGGAACCAAGUGGUGGGUGUCGGCAGGACCGUCACCUUCCAGUGCGAGGCCACAGGCAACCCUCAACCGGCCAUUUUUUGGCAACGAGAAGGAAGUCAGAACUUGCUGUUCUCCUACCAACCGCCCCAACCGUCCAGCCGCUUCUCCGUAUCGCAGACGGGAGAUCUGACCAUCACCGGCGCCGAGCGCUCCGACGUGGGCUACUACAGCUGCCAGGCCCUCAACAUCGCCGGCAGCGUCAUCACCAAGGCGCUGCUGGAGGUCACCGACGUGGUGUCAGACCGCCCGCCCCCGGUCAUCCGGCAGGGGCCGACCAAUCAGACGGUGGCGGUGGACGGCACGGCGGUCCUCGGCUGCGUGGCGUCGGGCAAUCCGACCGUCCUGUGGAGGAAGGACGGCGUUCUGGUGUCCACCCACGACUCGCGGGUCAAGCAGCUGGACACGGGCGCUCUGCAGAUACGCUACGCCAAGCUGAGCGACUCAGGGUACUACACCUGCAUCGCCUCCACGCCCGGGGGCGAGGCCUCGUGGAAAGCCCAUCUGCAAGUCCAAGAGUUCGGAGUCCCCGUACAGCCGAACAGACCCACCGACCCUAACCUGAUCCCGAGCGCCCCUUCCAAACCCGAAGUCACGGACAUCACCCGCACCUCGGUCAGGCUCUCCUGGAAGCCCAACCUGAACGCAGGGGCCACACCCACCUCCUACGUCAUCGAAGCCUUCAGUCAUGCGUCGGGGAGCAGCUGGCAGACGCUGGCAGAACACGUGAAAACCGAGUCGUUUGUACUGAAGGCCUUGAAGCCCAGCGCAGUCUACCUCUUCCUGGUGAGGGCUGCCAACGCCUACGGACUCAGCGACCCCAGUCCGAUCACUGAUGCUGUGAAAACGCAAGACGUUCUCCCAACCAGCCAGGGCGUGGACCACCGGCAGAUCCAGAGGGAGCUGGGCGAGGUGGUCAUCCACCUGCACAACCCUACCAUCCUGUCGUCGUCCUCCGUCAGGGUGCAGUGGACGGUGGAGCAGCAGUCCCAGUACAUCCAGGGCUACAAGGUGAUGUACAGGCCAUCUCCGGAGGGGCAGCCACGCAGCGACUGGGCCACGUUCGAGGUGCGCACGCCGGGCGAGGACAGCGCCGUGGUGCCGCAACUCCGCAAGGGCGUCACGUACGAGUUCAAAGUGCGGCCCUUCUUCAACGAAUUCCAGGGCAGCGACAGCGACAUGAAAAUCGGCCGGACCCUGGAGGAAGUGCCCAGCGCGCCUCCCCGCGAAGUUACGGUGGCAGAGAGCGGCGACAACGGGACCGCCAUCGUGGUCUCCUGGCAACCGCCGCCGGAGGAGGAGCGGAAUGGGGUGGUCCAGGAGUACAAGAUUUGGUGCUUGGGGAACGAGAGCAGGUACCACAUCAACCGCACCGUGGACGCCGCCACCUUUUCCGUGCUCAUUCCCAGUCUGGCUCCGGGGGUCCGCUACGGCGUGGAGGUGGCGGCCAGCACCGGGGCGGGCCCCGGGGUCAAGAGCGACGUCACCUAUUUCCAACUCGACGCGUCGGGGCGGAUGACGGCGGCGGCGGACCCCCAGAAUCCCCUGUCGCAGCAGAUCUCUGACGUGGUGAAGCAGCCCGCCUUCAUCGCCGGCAUCGGCACCGCCUGCUGGAUCAUCCUGCUGGUCUUCAGCAUCUGGCUGUACCGCCACAGGAAGAAGCGGAACGGACUCUCCAGCAGCUACGCCGGCAUACGCAAGGUGCCUUCUUUCACCUUCACACCAACAGUGGCAUACCAGAGAGGUGGCGAAGGAGUGAGCAGUGCUGGAAGGCCGGGCCUCCUCAACAUGGGCGAGUCGGCCACGCAGCCGUGGCUGGCCGACACGUGGCCCAACUCGUGCUCCAACCACAAGAACUGCAGCAUUAACUGCUGUGCCGCCGGCGACGCCAACAGCGACAGCAACCUGGCCACAUACAGCCGGCCCGCCGACUGCAUCGCCAAUUACAACAGCCAGAUGGACAAUAAGCAGAGCGGUCUCCUGGUGCCCGAGCCGGGGGUGUACGGCGACGUGGACCUGUCCAACAAGAUCAACGAGAUGAAGACCUUCAACAGUCCCAACCUGAAGGACGGCCGCUUCGCGGGCGCCGGCGGCCAGCCCACGCCGUACGCCACCACGCAGCUCAUCCAGUCGUCCAUCAUGAGCAACAACGACAGGGGGACUGCGGCUGGAGGAGGAGGUGGCGCGGGGGAGCUGAAUGACAAGCACUGCUGGAAGCCCUCUGGCGGCAUCCUGCAGCCCAAACAGGAAAUGCAGUACAGCAUCAUGGAGCAAAACAAGCUGAACAAGGAUCGCUACAGAGGCGGCGACGCCCCCAUGAUGCCGGCCACCAUCCCGUACAACCACAGCCACGACAGCCACACCGGGGGCUCCUACAACAGCUCGGACCGAGGCAGCAGCAGCACCUCCGCAGGCAGCCAAGGUCAGAAGAAGGGAACGCGCACCCCCAAACAGCCGAAACAGAGCACAAUGAAUUGGGCUGACCUCCUGCCUCCCCCGCCCGCCAACCCGCCCCCGUCGCGCAACGCAGAGGACUGGUAUGACGGCUGCGACCCAGACAUGCAGUGCUCCAUGCCGCCCUCUCACAUGUACCUGCAGCCCGGCGAGCUGGAGGAGGAGGAGGAGGAGAUGGAGAUGGAGAGGGGGCCCACCCCUCCCGUCCGCGGCACGGCCUCCUCCCCCGCCGCCGUGUCGUACAGCCACCAGUCCACCGCCACGCUCACGCCCUCGCCGCAGGAGGAGAUGACGCCGAUGUUGCAGGAGGCGCCCGACAGUCACGAGCGCAGGCGCCAUGCUGUGAGCCCCCCGCCCCUCUCACCCUCACACACAUACGGCUACAUCGCCAGCCCCCUGGAUGGCAUGGAGGAGGACGACGAAGAGGAGAUACCUGAGGAAGACGAGGAGGAGGACACAGACGCCGACGUGGCCAAGAUGCACUACCACCACACCCACCCCCACGCGCACCCCCACCACCCGCAGAUGCACCCGCGCCGGCUGCUGCUGCGGGGCAUCGAGCAGACGCCGGCGUCCAGCAUGGGCGACCUGGAGAGCUCUGUGACGGGCUCCAUGAUCAACGGGUGGGGCUCCGCCUCCGAGGAAGAUAAUGUCUCCUCGGGGAGGUCCAGUGCCGUCAGCUCGUCGGACGGCUCCUUCUUCACGGACGCCGACUUUGCGCAGGCUGUAGCGGCUGCCGCGGAGUACUCGGGCCUCCGGGUGGCCAAACAUCCCGGAAUGCAAGGCCAGGAAGCUGCAGCGCUCUCGGCGCGGAAAUACCAAAUCAACCCGUCGGGCCGCCGUCCCGGCAGCCCGGUGUCCACGGACGGCAGCAUGAGUAUGGCGGCGGUGCACAGGAGGCCUCCGAAGAAGCAGAAGCAACACCCGCCCGUGGGGAACCAGAGACGUGACGCCUACAGCGAAGAUCUUCCGCCGCCACCCAUCCCCCCCCCGGCGGUGCUGAAGUCCCCCACGCAUCCCUCCAAGGUGGGCCCGGAGGGCCGGGCGGUGGUCUCCCCCAAAUCGGGAGAGGGUCGAGACAAGAGAGGGGCGGCGGGAGCGGGGGGCUACCGACCCAAAGAAGGCUCGGACCCCAGAACCGGCUCGUCGGAACGCAGGGAGGUCCAGGAGAGACAAAAAGCGCACGGGGGCAAAGGCGGCCACAGGGGGCGCCAACAAGCAGGUACAGAGGACAUUCGGCCCUACAGCCGACCGCAGUUUCCGGUGGUCAACAGCCCGCGAGACCCGAGCUCCUCCAGCUCCGUGUCCUCCAGGGGCUCGGGGGGGCGGCGGAGAGGCGACGCCGUCUACAGGAACGCCGCCGACGUGAGCCUCGGCACCGUGGCGGCUUUCCAGACAGGAAAUGAAGAACUUGAGAUGGCGGAAAGCUGAAGAAGAUGAAAAGGAUGUUUUUUUUGUUUGUUUUGGG